AUGGCAGACGACAAGCCGCGCAAGUCGGUGGCCUUCGCUGAAGACCAAAUCGUGGUCGACAGCGAAGGCAACGUCAGCGAGGCCAACGGCGCGCAUGACGGUGAGAAGGACUCCGCCGCCUCACACAGCAAAGAUGCUGCCGUGGACGAAGUGACGGCUAUGUUCGAUGGUCUGGCCAAGAAGAAGAAGAAGAAGGCCAAGAAGGAAGAGGGCGAGGAGGCAGGCGAGGAGAAAGCUGAUGCGGAUGGCGACGGGAUUGACCUGGGUGCGCUUAAGAAGAAGAAGAAGAGCAAGACGAAGAAGCCCGUCGAGGAUGACUUCGAGAAGCAGCUGGCCGCGGCAGGUGCUGCAGAGCCUGGAGAUGCGGAUGAGCCUGCCGCCGCUGCUGACCCCGAGGCGACUGGUCUGCAAGAUGGUGACAUUCACGGCGGCUCCGGUAUCUGGGCACACGAUGAGACCAGGGCCAUCAAUUACGACAGCCUACUGCAUCGAUUCUUUGCCCUUCUCCACGACUCACACCCUGACCUUGCCUCAUCGGGCGGCAAGAGCUACAAGAUUCCUCCUCCACAGUGCCUGCGUGAAGGCAACAAGAAGACCAUAUUCGCCAACAUCAACGACAUCUGCAAGCGCAUGAAGCGAACAGAUGAGCACGUGACGCAGUUCUUGUUCGCCGAAUUGGGAACCAGCGGCUCCGUCGACGGCAACCGCAGACUGGUCAUCAAGGGUCGUUUCCAGCAGAAGCAGAUUGAGAACGUGCUCCGGCGGUAUAUCGUCGAGUACGUUACCUGCAAGACCUGCCGCUCACCCGAUACCGAGCUGAACAAGGGCGAGAACCGUCUAUACUUCGUUACCUGCAACUCCUGCGGAUCCAGACGAUCCGUCACUGCCAUCAAGACUGGUUUCUCUGCCCAGGUCGGUAAGCGUAAGCGUAUGCAAGGUUAG